AUGUCCCCUGCGCGCACUGCACCGCCGAAUACGCUUUCGUUUGACUCGUCUCUCGAGUCGGCCACCGGCGAGGCACCCUCGCACCCCAUUCAACCCAUACCCACAUUGUUAGAUGGGUACGACGACUUCGGCGAGAUCGCCGUCCAGCUUGGCCCAUCGCUCCUGGGUCGCGAGCACGGACACGUCAAUACCGACGUCCUCACUGUGGGCCCCAACCAGGCAUCGGGCAGCGACACCGCCGGGCCUGCAACUCCCGAUCCUGCUCACGCUGCCACCCCCAUUCCCGUCACGCAAGUACGGCGUCCAUUCCCUGCACGGCUUGUCGACCGUAUACGGCGACUUCUGCGCAUGCGACGCCGGUAG